GGCUCAAAAAGAAAACCCAAAAGGAAAAGCGUCGUUGGUUGGUUGGUUGAUUGUGUUUCUUCCUCACUCUCUCUAAUCUCCGCCGCGUUCGCUCUCUGAAACUCCCAAGAGAAAUGAAUUACCGUAUUGGAUUGAUAACGGGAGGAUCCAAGGAUGUGGUGCGGAGAACGUUUGCAGCAGCAGCUAGCAAAGCGAAGAAAGGAGGGAAAGGAGGAGGUAGCGAUGCUCCUAAAGGAUCGUCUCUGAGCAAAGAGAUCAAAUCCACCACCGUCGUUGGUGCUAACACUCUCAAAGAUGGAUCUGAUCCCAAGAUCCUUCCAGACUCCGAUUACCCUGAUUGGCUCUGGCGUCUUCUCCAGAUUCGACCUGCCCUUAGUGAGCUCAGGAGGAAGAACGUCGAGACUCUUCCCUACGAUGACCUCAAACGUUUUGUCAAGCUUGACACCCGUGCCAAAAUCAAGGAGAACAACUCCAUCAAGGCCAAGAACUGAUCUGUCUCCGGUUUAGAGAGAUCUAAAUUGAUUUUGCUUCUUACUGCUUAAUGUUUUUUGGGGUGUGGUUAAGAUUAUCUAUCAUUUAAGUUAUGUUACAUUUUCAGAGUUUAUAAGUUUCCUAGUAAACCCAAUAAGAAUUGCUGCUUCAUCUAUUGCUUUUUUUAGACCAAAUGAUAUGUUCAGCGAUUGUAACACAAGCUACUCUUUGUUUAAUUUUCUUACGGAUUGA